AUUUGUUACUUUUACCAAUAUGUCCGGUGGGCACAAACAUCGCUACAAGAACGCGGGGCUGAGCGCCGACGAGCUGCGUCGUCGGCGCGAAGAGGAGGGGGUACAGUUGCGGAAACAGAAGCGAGAACAACAGUUGUUCAAACGAAGAAAUGUCAAUCUACCAGCACCUAAUGCUCCAGAAAUAGCCUUACAGGAUGAUAUAAAUAUCUCACAGUCUGAUGAUAUCACACCAGCAAUGGUAGCAGCUCUAUACAGUGAUAACCCACAGGAAAAGGUGUCUGCCACACAGAAAUUCCGCAAGUUACUCAGCCGUGAGCCAAAUCCACCUAUAGAUGAAGUGAUACGAACAGGGAUUGUUCCCAAAUUUGUAGAGUUCCUUACGGACAAUUCUAAUCCCACACUACAGUUCGAGGCGGCGUGGGCGCUGACGAACAUCGCGUCGGGGUCGUCGGAGCAGACGCGCGUGGUGCUGGAGUGCGGCGCCGUGCCCGUGCUGGUGGCGCUGGCGGGCGGCGCGGUGGCCGACGACGUGCGCGACCAGGCCGUGUGGGCGCUGGGCAACGUCGCCGGCGACUCGCCGCGCUGCCGCGACGCCGUGCUGGCGGCCGGCGUGCUGCCGCCGCUCAUCCAGAUACUCAACAAGUACACGCGGCAGUCGAUGACCAGAAACGCCGUUUGGACGCUGUCGAAUCUGUGUCGGGGUAAAAACCCGCCGACCGAUUUCGAGGCGGUAGCGCCGGGUAUCCCGGUGCUGGCGCGGCUGCUGCACCACGCGGACGCGGACGUGCUGAGCGACGCGUGCUGGGCGCUGAGCUACCUGUCGGACGGGCCCAGCGAGAAGAUCCAGGCCGUGAUCGACGCGGGCGUGUGCCGGCGCCUGGUGGAGCUGCUGAUGCACAGCAAGAGCACCGUGGUGUCGGCCGCGCUGCGCGCCGUGGGCAACGUGGUGACGGGCGACGACGCGCAGACGCAGGCCGUGCUCAACUGCGCGCCGCUGCCCGCGCUGCUGGCGCUGCUGCGGCACGCCGCCGAGCCGCUGCGCAAGGAGGCCUGCUGGACGCUGUCCAACAUCACGGCCGGCAACGCGCACCAGAUCCAGGCCGUCAUCGACGCCGACAUCUUCCCCACGCUCGUCGACAUCCUGCGCCACGCCGAGUUCAAGACGCGCAAGGAGGCCGCCUGGGCCAUCACCAACGCCACCAGCGGCGGCACGCACGAGCAGAUCAGGUACCUGGUGGAGCAGGGCUGCAUCGCGCCGCUGUGCGAGCUGCUGACGCUGACGGACGCCAAGACCGUGCAGGUGGCGCUCAAGGGCAUCGACAACAUCCUCAAGGCCGGCCAGAGACACGACUGCCGCGACAACCCCUACGCCGUGCUCAUCGAGGAGUGCUUCGGGCUGGACAAGAUCGAGUUUCUGCAGUCGCACGAAAACCUGGACAUCUACCAGAAGUCGUUCGAGAUCAUCGAGAACUACUUCGGGUCGGAGGAGGAGGACGGGCGCUUGGCGCCGGCCGUGUCGUCCACCUCGGGCCAGUUCCGCUUCGACGCCGACCAGGCCGUGCCCAUGGGCGGCUUUCACUUCUAACGCAGACCCCAAGUAACACUCUUAGGCGGACCGCACUGGGAGCGCGCCGCGGCCUGCGGCUGCCAGGCGCGCCGGGCCCACUACACCGUGGUGUAAUUAUUUAUUAUGUUUUGCACCAACAUCAUGUAUAGGUUUUAGAAUUUAUUAAUUUAUAUUAUGUAUGAUGAAAAAAUUGACAAAGAAUGUGCUUUCUUAUUUUUUGCAACAUGUAGAUAUUUAUGUAUUCAUAGGUUCAUUUAUUUUGUAGUAAAAAGUUUAUUUUGUUGGCCUCCAUGUCGAUAUUUGUUACAAACUUGUAUAUUGUAAAUGUUAAAGUAACAUUUUUAUUGUUCAACCUUAUUACAUGUUGGUACCAACACUGUUGGAUUGU